AUGAAUAAGGAGGAAAUUGAGACUAAUGAGGAGCUAGAUAAGAAAAAUGAAAUAGAAUUUAGAGAUGAAAUUGAGCAAAAAGAUGUUUCUCCUGUUGAAGUGAAAACAAAAAAACCUAAUAAGAAUUUUAGCUCCUUUUUGGUAAUAUAAUUAUAAUGCUUGCUUGUAGCAAUUAUCACUACUGGAUUAAUGUAAUUAUCAAAUCAUCUAGCUAUCUACUUGAUUUACUGCUGUCCGAUGUAUUUCUUAAUAGUUUUCAUUUAAUACGCUUGUUGUUGGUAUGGAGAAUACAAAUUUUCAUUCUUUUUUGACUUAUGUAGCUUUGUUGUGUUUAUAGUUUCUUUACCAGUGUUCUUUGGAAUAUUUUUUGGCUGUUUUCAUCCUACCGCUUCUGUAGAAUUAGUACAAGCUUAAAAUUGCUAAAUGAUUGGCUAAUUAAGUAACUUUAUUGAGAACACAGAGAAAUACUCAAUACUCUAUAUCAACUUUGAAUACGAAGGCUAAAAAUACUUAGGAUAAGCUUGCGCUUCUAAUUUCCAUGAAUCUCAUAUAUUUAAUAAAAUUCCUGCUUAUUUAUUUUAUUCUAAAUAUGAGGGAAUUAAUUGUGGGCCAACAGAUGGAAAUAGAACAGAUCCAUAAUAUCCAUAUUCUAGAUUUUUAUCUUAAGAUAAUAUUAAUUAAAUAGAUGUAGAGGACAAAUAAAGAUUUCUUGCUAGAAUUUCAACAGCAGCUGGAUGCUCUAGAGAUUACAAAUGGAGCUAAGUAAAAAUAGCUAGCUGGUUAUGUUAGUCUAGAGGAUAUGAUGUAGAAAAAUUAAUGGAACCUCAAUCAUGUUAUGUUAAUUUUUAUAAAGGAAUAAAAGCAGUUGAAAGUGGUAUAUAAAGAUCUCCAAUGAGAGACUCAAGUAAUUUCCCUCUUAUAACAUAUUAGCCAAGCGCAUACUUCCCUGUAUCAGAUUUAGUUUGCUUAAUAGUAUUUACUUAUUAUAGUUGGAUACUAUCUCUUAGUUGUAUAUUUCAUCGCACAACUAAAUGUAUUCUCAGAAAAAUUAAAUAAAGAAAUAAGCAAGCAAUACCAGAUUUACAACAAAAAUCUGAUCCAUAAUCAGUUUAAUAAAUUUAACUUGAAUAAUAAAAUAAAGAAAUAUUAAAUACAAUACAUUAGGAAUAAAUUAGCUUCAAAAUGACAAACAAUGUUGAAGAUAUCCAAGGAUAAUAAUAAUUAUCAAACCCUAUGACUUAAUAUUAAAAAAGAUAUCAUUUCUUAUCUGAUUUAAAUUAAGUUCCAGUUUUACCAAUAGGUUCAGAUGGAAAUAAAGAUGAUAUUGUAAAAAUUGCAUAAAAAAAAGAUAAUUAAUAGAAAUACCCUUUACUUUGA